AUGGCUGUCGAAUCCAAGUUUGAUCCCAAGGACAUGGUGUUCCGUCACCUUGGCCCCACUGGUCUCAAGGUCUCCAUCUUCUCUCUUGGAGGUUGGUUGACCUACGGUGGUACCCAGAAGGGUGAUGUCGUCAAGGAGUGCAUCCAGAAGGCUUUCGACCAUGAUANNGGCUGCAACUUCUUCGACACUGCUGAGGUUUACGCCAAUGGUCAAUCUGAAAUUGAGAUGGGACGUGCCCUGAACGAGCUCGGUUACCCAAGAGACGAGUACGUUCUCUCAACCAAGAUCUUCUUCGGUACUGGCCGCAAGGAGCCCAACACCCGUGGUCUCUCAAAGAAGCACAUCGUCGAGGGCUUGAAGAGCUCCCUCAAGAGACUGAACCACGACUACGUCGAUAUCGUUCUGGCCCAUCGCCCUGACAAUGCAACUCCUAUGAAGGAGAUCGUCGAGGGUUUCACCCAGGCAAUUCGCAACCUCAAUCUGGCCUACUACUCCACUCAGAUUGCCGAGAAGUACAACCUCAUUGCACCCAUCGCCGAGCAGCCUCAAUACAACGCAUUCCACAGACAGCGUUUCGAGGUUGAGUAUGCUCCUCUGUACGACCAGUUCAAGUACGGUACUACCAUCUGGUCGCCCCUCGCUUCAGGUCUUUUGACUGGCAAGUACAAUGACGGCAUCCCUGAGGACUCUCGCUUUGCCACCAACAAGGACUUCUUUGAGAACACUGUCAAGCAGCUCCAGAGUCCCGAAGGCAAGGCCAAGAUCGAGAAGGUCAGAAAGCUCACAACCAUUGCUGAGAAGCUUGGUGGUACCGUUACUCAGCUCAGUUUGGCAUGGGCUGCGAAGAACCCCAACGUCUCUACAGUCAUUCUCGGUGCUACCAAGGUCGAGCAGCUGGAAGACAACUUUGGAGCCUUGAAGCUGCUUGACAAGUUGACACCGGAGCUCAUGGAGGAGAUUGAGAAGAUCCUUGAUAACAAGCCCGCUGGACCCGCUACUUUCGGUCGCGACAGAUGA